UCACUUACCAUAGUAGUUUGAGUCAUUUCCACAUCUUGCGAGUCCUUCCGAACGAGUCUCCUUUGCUUGGGGCUCGCAACCACCCAAUGAUCGAUCCAGGAGAAAAGAAGCCUGGGCGGAGAGCAGAGGAGGCAGUGACCUUCAAGGAUGUGGCUGUGGUCUUCACUGAGGAGGAGCUGCAGCUGCUGGACCUUGCCCAGAGGAAGCUGUACCGAGAUGUGAUGCUUGAGAACUUCAGGAACCUGCUCUCAGUGGGGCAUCAACCAUUCCAUGGAGAUACUUUCCACUUCCUAAGGGAAGAAAAGUUUUGGGUGAUGGAGACAACAAGCCAAAGAGAAGGGAAUUCGGGAGGCAAAAUCCAAACUGAGAUGGAGACUGUUCCAGAAGCAGGAACACAUGAAGAAUUUUCCUGCAAGCAAAUUUGGGAACAAAUUGCAAGUGACUUAACCAGGUCUCAAGAUUCCACUAUAAACAACUCUCAGUUAUUUGAACAAGAUGACGGCCCCUCCCAGAUUAAAGCAAGAAUAUCUACAGUUCAGACAAGAGAAAAACCUUUCCAGGGUGAAAAGUGUAAACAGUCCUUCAGUGAUGUUUCCAUCUUUGAUCUUCCUCAGCAGUUAUAUUCAGGAGAGAAGUCUCAUACCUGUGAUGAGUGUGGAAAAAGCUUCUGUUACAUCUCAGCCCUUCAUAUUCAUCAGAGGGUCCACAUGGGAGUGAAAUGCUAUAAGUGUGAUGUGUGUGGUAAGGAAUUUAGUCAGAGCUCACGUCUGCAAACUCAUCAAAGUGUCCACACUGGAGAGAAACCAUUCAAAUGUGAGCAGUGUGGGAAAGGCUUCAGAUGUAGAUCAGCACUUAAAGUUCAUUGCAAAUUACACAUGAGAGAGAAACCUUAUAAUUGUGAGAAAUGUGGGAAGGCCUUCAUGCACAAUUUCCAGCUUCAGAAACAUCAGAGAAUUCAUACUGGGGAGAAGCCAUUCAAAUGUGAAAUAUGUGGUAAGAGCUUCUGUCUUAGGUCAAGUCUUAAUAGGCAUUGCAUGGUCCACACAGCAGAGAAACUGUACAAAUCUGAAGAGUAUGGAAGCAGUUUCAUUGAUAGGCUAGAUUUGCAUAAGCAUCAGAUGAUUCAUAUGGGACAGAAACCAUAUAAUUGUAAAGAAUGUGGGAAGAGCUUCAAAUGGUCCUCAUAUCUUUUGGUCCAUCAACGAGUCCACACUGGAGAAAAGCCAUACAAAUGUGAGGAGUGUGGGAAGGGUUACAUUAGUAAGUCAGGUCUUGACUUCCACCAUAGAACCCACACGGGAGAGAGAUCUUAUAACUGUGAUAACUGUGGGAAGAGCUUUAGACAUGCUUCUAGUAUUUUGAAUCAUAAGAAACUCCACUGCCAAAGAAAAGCAUUGAAAUGUGAAGACUGUGGAAAGAGGCUUGUACACCGGUCAUACUGUAAAGACCAACAAAGAGACCACAGUGGAGAAAACCCAUCCAAAUGUGAGGACUGUGGGAGGCGCUACAAGAGGCGCUUGAAUCUGGAUAUAAUUUUAUCAUUAUUUUUAAAUGACACAUAAGUUAUACAUAUUUGUGGAGUGUGAAAUUUGAUACAUGUAUAUAAUGUGUGCUGAUUAAAUCAGUUUAAUUUGUGUAUCACCUGAAA